GCUUUUCCAAAGUAAUCAACAGAUGACUGUCAAAUGUUGACGCUUGCUACGAGGCGAGACUGAGGUCUGCCCGGACAGUCCUGCCCAAAACUUCUUCAACAACGGGAAAGUAAAAUACAGAUAUAAGUGUCGCAAGCGGUUGUCAUUCAACCCUGCAUGGAAUAAACAGACAAAGAUUGAUAGAAGCGGCAAGGUAGCUAGCUAGCUGGCAUGUCACUGACAGUGCUUGGGGGCUAUGCACAACGUUAGCCUACAGUACCUAGCUAGCUUGCUAACGUUGUUGAAUGGCAUGUAGGCAAUAGCACUGGGCAUAUUCUUCUUUAGCAUGUGGUUUAGCUAACGGCAGUAUCUUUCUUGCCCAAUGUGGGGACGAAAGUGACAGCUGGGACAUUGGCAGAAAGCUUGGCUAGCUGCAGUAGCUAACCAAGAACUGGUAUUGUGCCGCAGAUCCAGUUUCACCAAUGGCAGUUCUCAUCGCGGAGGACGCAAUGACACAAGACGAGGAGCCGCGGGGUGACUGACAGUCUUCAGGAACCCGACCAUCGAAGUAGCUAGCUACUACUGCUGACAAUCUGGGAACAUGGACAAUUUUUCCAAAUGCAUCCAGAGAAAUAUCUCUCCCAGUGGAUCAGAAUGUAAUGCAAGAAGGACGGAUCAUGUAGAAAAGCUUUCCAGGCAGACCAGGGCAUGUAAUGAACGGGAACCGCACACAUCAUGCCAACAUAACACGCAACGCAUUGAACCAGAAGGAAGCAUGACAGCAAAUUAACGUUUAUUUGAUCUUUGUAUUUAUUUUGCUGAACAACAUUUGGUUUAGUCUGGCUAUCACCACUGGUUCCCAGAUUUCAUGUACUAGUUCUAUCAACCGAUGUCUGAGAUCAGUCAGAAUUUAGAUUUCAUGAUGACGGUGGAGGGUUCCACAAUAAAGAGUCGGAUCAAAAAUCUUCUCCGCUCGCCAUCUAUCAAAUUGAGAAGGAAUAAAGAUCGGAACCAUAAAGAGAAUCUCAGUAACAAGGUCACAUUAGAGAAGGUGCUGGGGAUCACAGCAUUUGGGAACCGUGCUUUGGCCUGCGACCCUCGCUCCGGACUAGUGGCUUACCCAGCUGGAUGUGUGGUGGUGCUGCUGAACCCCAAGAAGAACAAACAGCAUCACAUCCUCAACAGCUCCAGGAAAACCAUCACCACUCUGUCAUUUUCCCCUGAUGGCAAAUAUGUGGUCACAGGAGAGAGUGGACACAUGCCUGCUGUGCGGGUGUGGGACGUUGCAGAGCGGACUCAAGUGGCCGAGCUACAGGAGCAUAAGUACGGCAUCUCCUGCGUGGCCUUCAGCCCUAACAGCAAGUACAUCGUCAGCGUGGGAUACCAGCACGACAUGAUCGUCAAUGUCUGGGCCUGGAAGAAAAACAUUGUGGUGGCAGCCAACAAAGUCUCCAGUAAAGUGACGGCCGUGUCCUUCUCAGACGACAGCUCCUACUUUGUCACGGCAGGGAACAGGCACGUCAAGUUCUGGUACCUGGAUCACACCAAAUCCUCCAAGGUGAACGCCACAGUUCCUCUGCUGGGUCGCUCAGGGCUCCUGGGAGAGUUGAGGAACAACUUCUUCUCUGACGUGGCAUGUGGGAAGGGUCGUAAAGCCGGCAGCACCUUCUGCAUCACUUCCUCAGGCCUGCUCUGCGAGUUCAAUGACAAACGCCUGCUGGACAAAUGGGUGGAGCUAAGGAAAAACGUCGUCAUCACAACAUCUCAGGCCACGUCUCUGUCUGUGACAGAGGAGCUGAUCUUCUGUGGCUGUGCAGAUGGCACCGUGAGGGUCUUCAGCCCCGUCAACCUGCACUUCAUCUGUACCCUGCCACGCCCACACUGCCUGGGAACAGACAUCGCCACCGUGGUGGAGGCUAGCCACUUCUUCAGCCACAAGAUGGACGCCCGGUACCCUGACACGGUGGCUGUGUCAUAUGACCCUGCGAGCCGCUGGCUGUCCUGUGUCUACAACGACCACAGCCUGUAUGUGUGGGACGUACGGGACCUCAGGAAAGUGGGCAAGGUCUACUCCGCCCUCUACCACUCGGCUUGCGUGUGGAGCGUCGAGGUGUACCCGGACAGGGUAAGUGAUGGUGAGCAGCCCUGUCUGCCUCCAGGCUCCUUCCUCAGCUGCUCCUCAGACAACACCAUCCGUCUCUGGAACACUGACGGUCACAGCACCACCCUCAGCCGCAACGUCAUCAGCAACGACCUCCAGAAGAUCAUCUACAUGGACAACAACACGGCCGGCCUGCUGGACACAGAGUGCCUCAACUCGGGGAACGGAGAGAAGGCCGACCCCCAGACCUCAGAGACCAGGACGGGCAUCAGGACCAUGUGUGUGAGUCCCGACGGGCAGCACCUGGCGUCGGGCGACCGCACCGGCACCUUGAGAAUCCAUGAGCUGGUGAGCAUGGAGGAGAUUCUGAACGUUCAGGCCCACGACUCUGAGAUCCUUUGUCUGGAAUACUCCAAGCCUGAGACGGGUCUGAAGCUACUAGCCACAGCUAGUCGAGACCGUCUGAUCCAUGUGCUGGAUGCAGAGCAGGAGUACAGCCUGCUGCAGACGCUGGACGAACACUCCUCCUCCAUCACCGCCGUCCGAUUCGCUGCCAAUGACGGCAAGGUGAGGAUGAUCAGCUGUGGCGCUGACAAGAGCAUCUACUUCCGCACAGCGCAGAAGUCAGAUGAAGGAACAGUGUUUACCCGCACCCACCACAUCGUACGUAAGACGACGCUGUAUGACAUGGAUAUCGACCCCACCAGGAAGUACGCCGCUAUUGGUUGUCAAGACCGCAGCGUUAGAAUCUUCAACAUCAGUAACGGCAAACAGAAGAAACUGUACAAGGGCUCCCAAGGAGAGGAUGGCACUGUUAUCAAGGUUCAGACCGACCCCUCAGGACUGUAUGUGGCCACCAGCUGCUCAGACAAGAACAUCAGCAUCUUUGACUUCUACUCUGGAGAGUGUGUGGCCACCAUGUUCGGACACUCUGAGGUUGUGACUGGAAUGAAGUUCACUAAUGACUGCAAGCACAUGAUAACUGUGUCUGGUGACAGCUGCAUCUUUGUGUGGCGUCUGGCCCCGGAGCUCACCAUCAGUAUGAGACAGCGUCUGUCAGACCUCAAACAGAGUGGCAAGCCAGUUCAGAAGACACCACCUCACAAACCUUGCAAUCUCAGCACCAGGAGAGAGGUGCACAGAACCCCUCCCAUAGUCACCAUGUCCUCUGACAGCGACAAAGAGGUGGAGGAGGAGGAGGGGAUAGAGGAGGAGGAGGAGGAGGAAGAGAUGAUCUCUCCUUACAUGGUGUCAGGCUGCAGUGCAGAGGAAGAGACAGACACCUCAGACGAAAAGCACAACUCUCUUAACUCUCACGGCAGAGAACUGAAAAGGGAGAGCUCUUUUGGCAGGCGUUCCUCCCAGGGCAAUCAUCACUGUGAGGAAAGGGGUCCCCGUCCGCGGCGCCGCUGGUCCAGAGGCAUGGUCAGCAUGGAGCUGAUGGUCAAGUCCAUGUUGGACCUCAGACAGCUGGAUUCCUUCGCCAUGCCCCCCUCCUCCCCCAACAAGACCAAGACCCAGCCUGAUGCUUUCAGAGACCCAUUCAGGGAGGAUGAACUGGGCAGCACCAUCAGCCUGCAACCCCUUACUGCAUGGGGGGAUGAGUCUGAGCAGAGGUCCCAGCAGCGACCCCACUACAUCAUGUUCUCUCCACAGACCCCAGAGACAGGCUCAGUGCUCUACCCCGAGGGCUGUGAGGACAGGGUCAGCUUAGCUGGCAGUGAGUACCUAGUGAAAGAGCUACUGCCCGGGCCUGAGACCAGCAGGAGUGUGAAGGGGUGCCAGAACCACAGCCAGUGGAGCCAGGGCCACCAUGACAAACACAGCCCAGACAGCGCCUGCUCUGUGGACUACUCCAGCAGCAGACGGUCCAGCCCAGACAGCCAGCAGCAGCCUCCUGGAGAGAACUCUGAGCCCACAGAGCCUCUCAGUGUGGAUGGGAACUCCUCUGAAUUGGACAUGGAGGAACUGGAGGAGGAAGAGGAGGGGGGCGUAGGGAGGGGAGAGGCCAAGGGGACAACAGUAGUACCUAAGACCCCUGACCAGGAGGCCUUCCUCAAACAGCACUUUGGCAACCUGGCUGAGCUUAAAAACUCAGUGAGCCCGACCAGAGUUGUCACCCCGGACAGUGUCAGCAUCUCCUCCAAGUUCCUGUCCCAAUGCUCUCCUGGAAGCAGGACGGCCUUUCCAUUCCCCUCGAAGAGCGGUGUUGAGGGGAAGGUAGCCAGCGGUGUGGUGAGGCCCCUGGUCUCUGAGGUGAGGCCCCUCAUGGAGCACAACCAGGGCCAGAGCCACAACCAGGGCCAGAGCCACAACCAGGGUCAGAGCCAGAGCCAAGACCACAGCCAGGACCAGAGCCACAGCCAGGGCCAGAGCCACAGCCAGGACCAGAGCCAAGGCCACAACCAGGACCAGAGCCAAGGCCACAACCAGGACCAGGACCAGAGCCAAGGCCACAACCAGGGCCAGGACCAGAGCCACGACCACAGCCAGGGCCAGAGCCACAGCCAGAACCAGAGCCAGGGCCACAGCCAGAGCCACAGCCAGGACCAGAGCCAAGAACACAGCCAGGGCCAGAGCCACAGCCAGAGCCACAGCCAGGACCAGAGCCAGGGCCACAGCCAGAGCCACAGCCAGGACCAGAGCCAAGAACACAGCCAGGACCAAAGCCACAGCCAGAGCCACAACCAGAGCCAGGGCCAGGGCCACAGCCAGGGACAGAGCCACAACCGGGGUCAGAGCCAAGGCCACAACCAGGACCAGAGCCACAACCAGAGCCACAGCCAGGGCCAGAGCCAACUCCACAGCCAAGGCCACAGCCAGAGCCACGACCAGGGCCAGAGCUAUAGCCAGGGCCAGAGCUAUAGCCAGGGCCAGAGCCACAACCAGGGCCAGAGCCACAACCAGGGCCAGAGCCACAGCCGGAGGAAGGGCUCAGAAGAAUCUCAGAAGGGCACUACCGCGAGACUAGAAGUAGUGGACACUACGGAGAAGGGUCUGAAUCUCCGGGCCUCUCCUCUGAGGAAGAAGCUUUUUAACCCUGCAGUGGACUCCCGUAGGAUAGUCAGCCCUGUGGCCAAGGCUGCAGCAUCACACCUCACCUCUACAGGCAUGAGGAAGUCCCAGUCAGUCCAGAACCUGCACACUGAGGAAAUGCCUCUGAGCCUGUCUCGGCCCUCCAAGGAGGUAGCCCCUCAGCCCCAUCACUCCCAGUCUCAUCAAUCCCAGGCCAACGAGCGUCCAGUGACCCUCCCCACAACCCCACGCCGCACCCUGCCCAGCGUGCCCCCCCUCUGCAGCCCCACCUCCCCACAACCCCGGGACAUCACCAGUAGCAGUCACGGCACUGCCCCCACGCCCAGGAGCAUCAAAUCCCGCUGCUCCUACAUGAGCCCCACCACCAGCUCCAUGGCCAAGAUGUCCCGCUCCAUGUCCAUGGGAGACAGCCUAAACGUGGCCGAGGAAGAGUCUGAGUCUACAGAGUCACGCAGGGGGUCCAGCUCUGACACGUCAAACGCUCCCACCAAGAGCCGGAGCUGCUCCUCCCAGAGCUCCCAGAGUCUUAGUACUAAACCGUCUACCCCCGUGGCCGUUGUCUCUUCCACCUUAUCCUCCUCCUCCCCUCUGGCGUUGGGUUUAGCCAUGCCCCAGGCUGCAGUUAUCCCCACCCUCAUCACUAGCUCUCCAAGCAACUCCAACCCCAGCCCAACCACCAAGAGUCUGCAGGCUAAGCUGAUGUGCAGCACCCGGCCCCAGCUCAACCUGGACAUCUCCAAGCCCCUCCCAGACAAGCCCUCCCUGGCGGCCUUCACUCCCAACAGUACCUCCAAGACCGCCGCCUCCUCCAAGACUGUCAAAGGGGACAACGACCUCUUUUCCAGAUCUCCAGUCAGCUUGUUACCUCACCAGGGCCAGACUCAUCCAGUGCUCACCAACAAAGUCCAGCUAGUCACUGCACUGUCCCUCUCCCCAGCUGCUCCUGUGGAGACUAGCCCAGCUCGGAGUCCUGAGGCAGAGCAGCGGUUUCUCACCACGGAGCUGCGUCCUGAGGCCCCCGUGGUAGACAACAGGCUAGAACAGCCAAAGAUGGAGGAGAGCCAGGGCCUGACCCAGGAGAAGAGUCCCGCGAUGGAGGUGUCUCUACAGGGCAGUCCCGUAUACCUGCUGUCAUCUGGAGGUCCCGGCCAGGACCGUGCAGGUUUGCUCCAGCGAUCUCCCUCCUUCAUCCUGUCAUCUCUGCGUCUGGGCAUGCCCCUGGCCAACACCAAGCACUUUUUUACUACUGGUGCCGUGUGGCCUACCGUCUCAGUCUCCACCCCCAUAUACUCUGCACCUUCACCCUGUCCUCCGUCACUUAAUCAUUUCCUCCUGACGGACGGUUCUCUCAGUAUGGAGUCGUGCAGGGUGGUGGCCAGCGAUCUACAGAACACCUUUAGGAAGGCCUCCCAGCUCUACAGAAUGGUGAACAGUGUGCCUGUAGACUCCAGGCAGGAGCACCAUGAGAUGGCCCAGGUCCUGUCUGAGGCCUUUGAGGUGGUGAGGGCCGAGCUGAGCUCCCUGCCCCAGAGCUCACCCCCAUCCCCCUCUGGAGGACCUGCAGCAGGAGGCUCCCUGUGUACAGUGGGCUGCCGGCCCGUAGGACCAGUAGAACCAGGGACGGGGAGAUUAGCCUCAGGGGAGGAGAGGACUCUGGCUCUGCUGGAGCAGUACUCUGAGCUCCUCCUUCAAGCCGUGGAGAAGAGGCUGGACAACAAGCAGCUGUCCUAAAUACUCCUCUUCUUUCACACCCUUCCUUGAAGACUGAACCAACCAACCCUCUUGCAAAUGUAGGAUCGUAAGCCAUUGUGCAAGGAUAUCUGCAGACUACAGUACUUCUUUUUAUUUCAUUUUUUUUCUCGACACCUUUUUAAACUGAACAGAUUAAAAUAUUCCUGAAGGAUGCCUGUACAUAUUUUUUAGAAGUUUUUUUUAAGCACUUCUCUCUCUUUCUUUCGGAUGCACCCUCUGGUUGGGUGGUCCCCUCUAUCCCUGUCAGAUCUCUGUAGGCCUAGGAGGGGUUGGGAGGGUUGUACUCAGCACAAUGGCCCACAGAUACUGAUACUGUAGGGAGACUCCUCAGGAUGAUCAAUGCCUCAGCAUUCAUUCCCAGUGUGGCUGAGCUGCACUACAGACUGUCAUUCAUCACCCUUCCUCCCUCUAAUAUAUUGUGUGCUAACUACAGUAACUACCAGACACCUGCACUCUCAUGACCACUGGUUUUGUUUACCCCUGCUGCCAAAUAUUGUGCCCUGCUACUUUGUUUUAAUGAAGUUGUUGUUAUGGAAAUGCCGGAUGCCCUAGAGUUGCUGCGUUGGAGCCAGUGGCGUAGCGUAGUUUUGCGGGCCCCUCUUGCAAGGUGUCCCCACAGAAAGAAAAAUGUGCAGUUUUAUAGCUUAUCUCAUGCUAUUUGACACAUAUUGCCAUGAGGCUGAGAGAAAAUGUUGAUGUUUUAGAGCUCAGGGAUUCUUGAAAGACGGGACAAUGGGACAAUCUCAACUUUUUUCCCACAAAUAUUUGUCUUAAUAUUAACAAAAGUUGAAAUCUAUAUUUUGAUAGACCAAAGUACCAGCUACCACAACAUGUAAAGAAAGAAGCAACUUCCAAACUGCAUCUCAGUGCUAGAGGCGUCACUACAGACCCUGGUUUGAUUCCAGGCUGUAUCACAACUGGCCGUGAUUGGGAGUCCCAUAGGGCGGCACACAAUUGGCCCAGCGCCGUCCGGGUUAGGGUUUGGCCGGGGUAGACCGUCAUUGUAAAUAAGAAUUUGUUCUUAACUGACUUGCCUAGUUUAAAUAAAGGUUAAAUAAAUCAAUUAAAUCCAAAUAUUUAGCACUACUAAAUGCUCCAGGACAAAUUUCUUUAGCAUUGUGACAUGUUUUUCUAGAUUUAGAACAUAAAACAUUUAGAAAGCAAACAUCUUUUAGGUCUAGCAAAUCAAAUGCUUCAAAUGUUUAAGCAAAUGUUACAGAGCAGUGAUGACAAUAUUUGUUCUGAAUAUUUACACCAAAAACGAUGUUAAGGGGGUGGACCAUCAGUGACGGAGUUGACAAACCAGUGACGGAGUUGACAAACCAGUGACGGAGUUGACAAACCAGUGACGGAGUUGACAAACCAGUGACGGAGUUGACAAACCAGUGACGGAGUUGACAAACCAGUGACGGAGUUGACAAACCAGUGACGGAGUUGUGACAACCGAUGCUCAAAACAACAAAAGUUCAACACAAACAUUCAAUACAAAAUAUGGGAAAUGAUUCAUUUGAAAAUCUCCAAUAAAAACGCAGCUUUACAGACUAUGAAGGGGCUUGUUGCAAUACAUGUAUUGAGGACAUGAAUGAGGGGUCCUUGUGAUAUCGAUGACCCUGCUCAUUCCUGAUUCAUUUAGGAUUUUAGCCAAAUCUGACGGAGUUGACAAUCUCCGGACACAUCUUUAAGGAAUCCGUUUUGAGAUAAACAGGCUUUAAAGUCAGAGGGCUUUUGCAAGAAACUUCAUAAGAUCAUUUUUCAAUUAAUAUCCAUAAUUGCCUAUUUUUAGAAUUUUAAAUUGGGUUCCUUUGCUGAAGACAAGGGCAUUUCCAGGCAUACAGCCGACAUGGAAAUUAAUAAUAUAUUCCCAAAACAAGUCCAUUUUAAGCUCAAAUAAUGCAACAAAAUAUUAUUUUUUUAAUUAUGAAAUUAAAGUUUCCCUGCCGGACAAGGAUUGUCCCAAGUGUCAAGAAUCCCUGAGCAAAUGUCCUGUUAUUCUACACAUUUUCCAUGAGGCUGAGAAAAAGUGUUUCAGUUUUAAAGCUAAUUGUCUGUCAUUCAAAUAAAAUAAUUCAUGGCUUAUGACGUGAUCAUAUGCUAUAUGGGGGGCUGGCGGGCCACCUGCCUUGCAGGGGCGUGUGCUAUACCAGCGGUUGGAGCUUGAUGCUGGCUGUCGUUUUGGGUAGCAGAAGCUGCACUUUUUGGACAAUCGGAGGGCGUUGCUGUUCAAUGCCAUUCCUGACCCCAGUGCUCUAAAACAAUACUAACAACUGUUGUCACUACAAUGUGAAAUGUCUGUGUUGGUGUACCUGUCCCUACCAGGGCUUUUUCCCACCGACACCAGGCCAUAGCAGCCUCCACACUACUAGAGGAACACAGGACCCUUCCAAGUCUUAAAAGCCAGAUUAGUCAGACAUAAUCAUGUUUUCGUGGGUGAUUUGAUUUGAUACAUUGUGUUUUGAGAGGCCCUGUCUGUGUGUGAUGUGUGGUUGUAUUUAUUAUGUUGUAAAAGGUCCACGUUACAAAUGGAGUUGUAGUUUGUUUUGUAGGUCACCAGUGGGGGAACAACAUUGCAAAAACAGAAGACUUGAAAAUAUACAGCAUCAACUGAGAGUCUCCUCGUUCAUUAACUAUGCUGGAUGGUUUUAUAAAACAUGUGAAUUGUAUUCCCAGUACAUUUUUUGUAUUCCAAAUUGAUGUUCAAGGUGUGCAAAUAAUAAUACAAAAUGUCUCAAGGAAAUGUGUGCCUUAAUUCAAAACCAGCGUUUUUCAUAGUUUAAAAUGUGUUGGGUUAUACCAAAAUAAGAUUGAAUUGUAAUCAAAAGGCGACUACUGAAAUGGAGCUACUGCUGUGGGAAACGAAUGACACUGAGGAGAAGCAUUUUCUGAUGACUGAAUACAGAUAUCGCAUCUCUGAAGCCAAACCGGCUGCGCGCGAGCGCGCCAUCGUGCAAACAUUUAUUUUGUCCCCCCCUCACCAAACGUGAUCACAACACGCAGGUUAAAAUAUCAAAAACAAACUGAACCAAUUACAUUAAUUUGGGGACAGGUCGAAAAGCAUUAAACAUGUAUGGCAAUUUAGCUAGCUAGCUUGCACAUGCUAGCUAAUGUGUCCUAUUUAGCUAGCUUGCUGUUGCUAGCUAAUUUGUCCUGGGAAAUAAACAUUGAGUUGUUAUUUUACCUGAAAUGCACAAGGUCCUCUACUCCGACAGUUAAUCCAUAAAUAAAGCAGUCAACCGAAUUGUUUCUAGUCAUCUCUCCUCCUUCCAGGCUUUUUCAUCUUUGAAUUUCUAUGGAGAUUGGCAUCUAAACUUUCCUAGUAUUACCAUGACAAACAGCAAAACAGUUUGUCUUUCAAUCACCCAUGUGGGUAUAACCAAUGAGGAGAUGGCACGUGGGUACCUGCUUCUAUCGACCAAUGAGGAGAUGAGAAAGGCAGGACUUGCAGCGCGAUCUGCGUCAGAAAUAGGAAUGACUUCUAUUUUAGCCCUUGGCAACGCAGAUGCGCGCGAGCAGUGUGGGGCAAUAAUUGAAUAACAUGGAUUUCUACAUUUGCAACGCUCGUGCAUGCGACGUGUCUGGUCUGGCCAGCAUAUUAGGGUUGGGUUACCAGAGGUAAAGAACCCAGAUCAAAUCAGAUCAGAUCAGAACAGAUCUUGCAUCAGAUACAAACCGUGCAGAAAACAUUUUUUUCCCCACACCUCUUCCUCAACAUUUAUUGGCUCUUGUCUGGCUGUGGUGUUUUCAUCCUGGUCCCUGGCACUUUUCCACCCCAAUAACAAUGCACUUUCAUUCCUAUCAAAAUGGUCAUAGGUCACAUUAAUUUUAUUUUAUUUCACCUUUAUUUAACCAGGUAGGCAAGUUGAGAACAAGUUCUCAUUUACAAUUGCGACCUGGAUGUAAUGUAUUUGUAAUAGCUUAGACUACUAAACUAAACCUGGGUCUCUGUGUAAUGGUGUAACUGUUGUGUCAAAGGCUCACAGAAUAAUAAUUGUGUUCUGAUGAUUGUGGCUGCAGACUAGCACAACACUGCCCCCUGCUGUUGAACCUCCAUCACUGCCCAGUUGCUACUAAAACAGAAAGCCCUAACACUUCCCUCCUACAAUUUCUCUGGUCAGGAUUAUUCUUUGCUGUGUUUUACAUACUUUUCAAUACACUAGUGCCCUGAAACAAUAUUUUAAUCACCUGUGCAUACAAUAGUGUUUAAUUUCCUGAGUUAUUGAUAGACUUGUUAUAAAUUUACACUUAUUGGUAGAAAGGUACCCAAAGGGUCUUACAGCCUCUCAAAAUGCCAUGCCUAGAACUCUGUUCUCUCUAGUUUUGAUAAAAGCAUUGUAUGUACAUGACUAGAAAUGACAUGAGUAAUGGUAUAGAAUAAUAAUGAAGUAUAUUCUGCUGUUUAUUAGUUAUUCAGUAUUUCCCCAUCUGACUGAUAAUAUUCAGAACUGUGA